GGCUCCCUCGCACACGCUCCCCUACCGCCGCUCCGAGCUGCGCGGCCGCAGCCGCCCGCGGAAGGCAGGCUCCGGAGGCUGGACGGAGGCCGUGCGGCUCUCGCGAGACCCGUGGCCGCGCGGGAGUUCUCGAGUCGUGCGACGAGGCGGCGGCGGCGGCCCGGGACUCGGUGAUGGAUGGGGCGCUUCCGCAAAGAUGGCGGCGGCUGCGGUAAGAAGCGCUCGGCUGACGGCCUGGGGCGGCCGACUGCGGCGUGGGCUCUCCGCCGGCCGGCGGGCUUUGCCGGGCCCCAGCCCCUUGGCGGCGGCAGUGGCCGGCGUGGCCCUGGCAGGCACAGCAGUGGCAUGGUACCACGGCCGCGUGAACGUCGCGGCGCCCGAAGGCAGGCUCACCGUCUUAGCGCAGCGAAUGGUGCCCCAUGGACUUGUGUACAUGGGAGAAAAACUGUCCCUUCGUAAACAGCGCUUCAUGCAGUUUUCUUCACUGGAACAUGAGGGCGAAUAUUACAUGACACCGCGAGACUUCCUCUUUUCAGUAAUGUUUGAGCAAAUGGAACGUAAAACUUCAGUGAAGAAGCUGACCAAAAAGGAUAUCGAGGAUAUACUGGCAGGAACCCAACCAGCUUGUCGUGGAUCAACCUUUUUUAGAGACCUUGGCGAUAAAGGACUGAUAUCAUAUACCGAGUAUCUUUUCUUGCUUACCAUCCUCACUAAACCCCAUACUGGGUUUCAUGUUGCUUUUAAAAUGCUGGAUGCAGAUGGUAAUGAGAUGGUUGAGAAAAAGGAAUUUUUUAAGCUGCAGAAGAUCAUAAGUAAACAAGAUGAUUUGAAGACAACAGCCAAUGAAACGGAGUGCCAGGAACCAACAGUGAAAGAACCUGAAAUUACCACAACCCUUCAGAUACAUUUCUUUGGAAAAAGAGGAGAAAGAAAACUUCAUUACAGAGAAUUUCGAAGAUUUAUGGAGAAUUUACAAACAGAAGUCCAAGAAAUGGAAUUCCUUCAGUUUUCUAAAGGUUUGAGUUUCAUGAGAAAAGAAGACUUUGCAGAAUGGCUACUUUUUUUCACUAACACUGAAAAUAAAGACAUCUAUUGGAAAAACGUAAGAGAGAAGUUGUCAGCAGGAGAGAGUAUUAGUUUGGAUGAGUUCAAGUCCUUUUGUCAUUUUGCCACCCACCUAGAAGAUUUUGCUAUUGCCAUGCAAAUGUUUAGUUUAGCUCACCGUCCUGUCAGACUGGCGGAGUUUAAGAGGGCCGUGAAAGUAGCAACAGGGCAGGAACUCUCAAACAAUAUUUUGGACACCGUGUUCAAGAUCUUUGAUGUGGAUGGUGAUGAAUGUCUUAGUCAUGGAGAGUUUCUUGGGGUGUUAAAAAACAGGAUGCAUCGAGGCUUAUGGGUACCACAGCAGCAGAGUAUACAAGAAUACUGGAAAUGUGUGAAAAGAGAAAGCAUUAAAGGAGUAAAAGAGGUCUGGAAACAAGCCGGAAGAGGUCUCUUUUAGAAAAAGAUCAUACGGGAAUUACAUUGCUCCGAAUGUCAGAAUUUGGAAUUGUUUUUUAAGUACUAGAUGUUUGUCUUCUGGAGUCUUCACUGAUUUGCUUUGUAAUAUAAAGACGCCUUGUAUUUAUUUCCUGAUUCAGUAAUUUCUUGAUAAAAUUUCAUUAAAGAACUUAGUAAAUACAGGUACUGGAUUCUGUCAGAGGGCCUAGAAUUGAAGUCAUGCUUUAUACUUUGAUAAGAUUGAAAACCUCAUUGUUCACUGAUUUCUUAGACACGGUAGUAAAACAUCUCUUUGGAAGGGUGUCACUUAGUAAUUACAGAAAAAAAUAAUUGACACACAAGGCUAAGAUCAAGGCCAGGAGUCCUGGUGUUCCCAGUAGCACAAAUUCAGUUAAGAACAUUUCAGAUUUUCUUGUCUGCGUCUCAUAUCUCAUAAGCUUCUUGUACAUUUUAUUUCAGUUAGCUGUAUAUUAAUUGUCCUAAAAAUAAUGUGUAAAUUUCAAUAUCAUGUGUGGAAACCAAAUAAAGUAU